CUUGGGUUAGUUCCUGUUAGGCCCGGACCGGGGGAUUAGGUUGAAGUCUCCUAAGAUGCCCAGUGGGCUAAGGCAAGAGGAUCUGUAAGGGGUGCGUGAAGAAGCGGCGCGGAGAGACCCACGGCAGGCCUGAAGAAGAGCGGCGGCCAAGCCCGCCCUCCCUGCACCAUGCUCAUAGAGGAUGUGGAUGCCCUCAAGUCCUGGCUGGCCAAGUUACUAGAGCCGAUAUGUGAUGCUGACCCUUCAGCCUUAGCCAACUAUGUUGUUGCACUGGUCAAGAAGGACAAACCUGAGAAAGAAUUGAAAGCCUUUUGUGCUGAUCAGCUUGAUGUCUUUUUACAAAAAGAAACUUCAGGUUUUGUGGAUAAACUCUUUGAAAGUCUCUAUACUAAGAAUUAUCUUCCACCUUUGGAACCAGUUAAGCCUGAGCCAAAACCUCCUGUCCAAGAAAAGGAAGAAAUUAAAGAAGAGGUAUUUCAGGAACCAGCAGAAGAAGAACGAGAUGGCAGAAAAAAGAAAUAUCCUAGUCCUCAGAAGACUCGUUCAGAAUCUACUGAACGAAGAACACGUGAUAAAAAAAGAGAAGAUGGCAAGUGGAGGGACUAUGAGCGGUACUAUGAGCGGAAUGAAUUAUACCGUGAGAAGUAUGACUGGAGAAGAGGUAGGAGUAAGAGCAGGAGUAAGAGCCGAGGCCUGAGUCGCAGCCGAAGCCGAAGUAGAGGGCGCAGCAAAGAUCGGGAUCCAAAUAGGAAUGUUGCUGAGCACAGAGAAAGAUCAAAGUUUAAGAGUGAAAGGAAUGACUUGGAGAGUUCCUAUGUGCCUGUAUCUGCACCACCUCCGAACUCUUCUGAACAGUACUCCUCUGGGACACAGUCUAUUCCCAGCACUGUUACUGUGAUUGCACCUGCUCACCACUCUGAAAACACAACUGAGAGUUGGUCUAAUUACUAUAACAAUCAUAGCUCUUCCAAUUCUUUUGGUCGAAACCCACCACCAAAGAGACGAUGCAGAGAUUAUGAUGAAAGAGGAUUUUGUGUACUUGGAGACCUUUGCCAGUUUGAUCAUGGAAAUGAUCCCCUGGUUGUUGAUGAAGUUGCUCUGCCCAGCAUGAUUCCUUUCCCACCCCCUCCUCCCGGGCUUCCUCCUCCACCACCUCCUGGCAUUUUAAUGCCUCCAAUGCCAGGCCCAGGCCCUGGCCCUGGCCCUGGCCCUGGUCCUGGCCCUGGCCCUGGUCCUGGCCCUGGCCCAGGUCCUGGCCACAGUAUGAGACUUCCUGUUCCCCAGGGACAUGGCCAGCCUCCACCUUCUGUUGUGCUUCCCAUACCAAGACCACCCAUAACACAGUCAAACUUGAUAAACAAUCGUGACCAGUCUGGGACAAGUGCAGUGCCCAAUCUUGCACCAGUGGGAGCAAGACUACCUCCUCCUUUACCCCAGAACCUCCUUUAUACAGUAUCAGAACGACAGCCCAUGUAUUCUCGUGAACAUGGUGCUGCUGCAUCCGAGCGACUUCAGUUGGGGACGCCGCCUCCUCUGUUGGCAGCUCGUUUGGUGCCACCUCGCAACCUCAUGGGAUCCUCCAUUGGGUACCAUACCUCAGUUUCCAGUCCCACCCCUCUGGUUCCAGAUACAUAUGAACCUGAUGGUUAUAACCCAGAAGCUCCUAGUAUUACCAGUUCUGGUAGAUCUCAGUACCGACAGUUCUUUUCAAGAACACAGACACAGCGUCCAAAUCUGAUCGGCCUAACAUCUGGAGAUAUGGAUGCAAAUCCAAGAGCUGCUAACAUUGUCAUCCAGACUGAACCACCAGCCCCUGUUUCAAUUAAUAGCAACAUAACCAGAGUAGUUCUUGAACCAGAUAGCCGAAAAAGAGCUAUGAGUGGUUUGGAAGGACCGCUUACAAAGAAACCUUGGCUGGGAAAGCAAGGGAAUAACAAUCAGAGUAAACCAGGAUUCUUGCGAAAGAAUCAGUAUACAAACACCAAAUUAGAAGUCAAGAAAAUCCCUCAGGAAUUGAACAACAUUACCAAGCUCAAUGAACACUUCAGCAAGUUUGGAACAAUUGUGAACAUCCAGGUUGCUUUUAAAGGUGACCCAGAAGCAGCUCUUAUUCAAUAUCUCACCAAUGAGGAAGCCAGGAAAGCCAUUUCCAGCACAGAAGCAGUUCUAAAUAACCGAUUCAUUCGAGUCUUAUGGCACAGGGAAAACAACGAACAACCAGCACUACAGCCCCCAACACAGCUGCUCCUCCAGCAGCAGCAAACGCUUAGUCACCUCUCACAGCAGCACCAUCACCUGCCACAGCACCCCCAUCAGCAGCAGGUGUUGGUUACUCAGUCACCUCCUUCAACAGUACAUGGAGGCAUCCAGAAGAUGAUGAACAAGCCACCGACAUCAGGUGCUUAUGUCCUUAACAAAGUUCCUGUUAAACAUCGUCUUGGGCAUGCAAGUGGUAGCCAGAGUGAUGCAGCACACAUAUUGAAUCAGUCGGGUGGUGCUGGAGAGGAUUGCCAAAUAUUUUCCACACCAAGCCAUCCAAAAAUGAUCUACAGCUCCUCAAACUUAAAGACACCUUCAAAACUUUGUUCAGGGUCUAAAUCUCAUGAUGUUCAAGAAGCUCUUAAAAAGAAACAGGAAGCAAUGAAACUUCAACAAGAUAUGAGGAAAAAGAGGCAAGAAGUGUUGGAGAAACAAAUAGAAUGCCAAAAGAUGUUAAUAUCUAAACUAGAAAAAAAUAAAAACAUGAAACCAGAAGAAAGAGCAAAUAUAAUGAAGACUUUAAAAGAGCUUGGAGAAAAGAUCUCACAAUUGAAAGAUGAAUUAAAAACAUCUUCUGCAGUCUCCACACCAUCCAAAGUGAAAACAAAGACAGAGGCCCAGAAAGAACUAUUAGAUACUGAACUGGACCUCCACAAGAGGUUGUCCUCAGGAGAAGACACAACCGAGUUACGGAAAAAACUCAAUCAGUUACAACUGGAGGCUGCACGAUUAGGUAUUUUACCUGUGGGUCGAGGAAAGACAAUGUCCUCUCAAGGUCGAGGAAGAGGCCGUGGCCGUGGAGGAAGAGGAAGGGGUUCACUAAAUCACAUGGUGGUGGACCACCGCCCCAAAACACUAGCAGUUGGGGCAUUCAUUGAGGAGGAAAAAGAUGAAUUACUUCAGCAUUUCUCAGCUACAAACCAAGGGUCAAAAUUCAAAGACCGUCGACUACAAAUAUCAUGGCACAAGCCCAAGGUACCAUCUAUAUCCACUGAGACCGAGGAAGAGGAAGUCAAGGAGGAGGAAACCGAAACCUCAGAUUUGUUUUUGCAUGACGAUGAUGAUGAAGAUGAAGAUGAAUAUGAGUCACGUUCAUGGCGAAGAUGA